AUGACUCGUGGCGUGGCAGCGGCGUCUACGCCUCUCAUACCAAUGGUCGACAUCAACCCCAAAAGUCACGACGCUCACUCUGUGGAUGCCUCGUUCGGGGUUGAUGGAUGUUCGUCCUACUCCUCGGCCGUAGAUGAGGUACAUUCCGCCAAUGCCAUGUGCGCACAGCAGACUUCUUCCGCUUCUUCUGUUUCUACCAUCGAAGACGACGACGACGACGACGACGACGACGAGAGUACGCCGCUCUUCAAAUCAUCCUCUUCAACUUCGUGUUCUUCUUCUCCGUCUUGCUCGUCGGUCUGCUCCACCUGCUCGUUCUGUUCGGCAAAGAAGCAGCACAUCCCCAUCGCGGCAUAUCCGUCAACGACGAAGAAGCACGCUGCAGCCAAAUCUUUCCAUCCCAAAAAGCUCAGCAGCAAUGUCGCUUCCUUCUCGGGACGUUUCGACUUUUCUUAUCGCAAUUUAUAUUACACCGGAGGCGCACGGGACGCUGCAGGACGCAGCGUGCUCGGCAACGGCGUGGGUGUUUCUGUCGGAGUAUGUGUCUUGAUGUAG